AUGUCGUCCUUCCCGAUCCAGAGUUCGGUGGUGUUGGCGCGACUCAAACCAUUCGGAAUCUCCAUGGAGAAGUCGUUGAGCGAUCUCAUCAAGGGGAUUCGAGCCCAUUCUAAAGAAUCCCCAGAAAGCCUACUGGAGUUUUUGAACGACGCAGUGAACGAAUGUCGAGACGAACUCAACACCACAGACCUCGAAGUCAAGGCGACCGCAAUUCUCAAGCUCACGUAUUUGGAGAUGUAUGGUUUCGACAUGAGUUGGUGUAACUUUCAUAUUCUAGAGGUAAUGUCAUCCUCCAAGUUCCAACAGAAGAGAAUUGGCUACCUCGCUGCGAUCCAGUCGUUAAAGAGUGAGCCGGAGCUUUUGAUCUUGGCCACCAACCAGUUCAAGAAGGAUUUGAACUCACAUAAUCAUGUAGAGGUGGGCUUAGCGCUCAGUGGCAUUGCAACCAUAGUCUCGCCCGCGCUUGCCAAAGACAUUCUCGACGAUGUCACGAUGAAGUUGUCACAUUCCAAACCUUACAUUCGUAAGAAGGCGGUGCUUGCGCUUUUCAAGGUGUUUCUCCAAUACCCCGAGAGUCUACGCUCUACGUUGCCUCGUGUAAUCGAGAAGCUAGACGAUACGGAUGUGGCCGUGGUGAGCGCGACCAUUACAAUCAUAUGCGAGAUUUCUAAAAAGAACCCCAACAUCUUUGUGUCUUACCUUCCCAAGUUCUUUGCCAUCUUAGAGGAUACAUCUAACAACUGGCUUAUCAUCCGUAUCCUCAAGCUUUUCCUGAGCUUGCUGCGAAUCGAGCCUCGGAUGAAGAAGCGCACCUUGCCUUCUAUACUAGGACUUUUGGGCAAGACUGAAGCUACAUCUCUUGUCUAUGAGUGUAUUAAUUGCAUUGUAAAUGGUGGAAUGAUCUCAGGUGGCUCUUCUAAGGACAAGGAUGUGGCCAAACUUUGCAUUGAUCAUCUUAUGAAGUUUUUUGACACCAGAGAUUCCAACUUGAAAUUUGUCGGUCUCCUCGCUUUGAUCAAGAUCUUAGAAAUAUUCCCUGCAUUUAUUCACAAAAACGCAGACGUCUCCAGUAUUAUCAUGCAAUGUCUUACCGAUGGCGAUAUGAUCAUCAAACGCAAAGCACUUGAAAUUUGUCACUACCUAGCAACCGAGGACAACAUGGCCCUGCUUGUCAAGACCUUACUCCUCCAAUUGGUGCCUGAUACCUCUAAUGGAAUAAUUGAAGAUGGCUUGAAACUAGACAUAACGAAAAAAAUACUCCAAAUUGCUUCCGCUGAUAACUACGCAAACAUACCGAACUUCAAAUGGUACAUCACUGCCUUGAAAGAGCUCGUCAAUCUUACACUUUUAACUGAUACGAACAAAUUUACCAAAUCCAGCGCGCCCGCACUUCCUCGCCGGAUCCUGAAUACCAUCGCCAUCAUGAUCGGACGCGAAUUUCAGUCAGUCACUACCAGAGUCCCUUCAAUCAGACCUUUCGUGAUAAAUAAAGUUGUUAUCGAGUAUGCCAGCAAGCCAAUGCCGUUAGAAGCAUGCCCACUCUUAAUGAGGGAUAUAUAUUGGAUUAUGGGAGAAUAUGUUCAUGAUUUUGGCGUGACUGACAAUGAUGGAGAAGAAGAUCAAGAUGUCGCUAUCGCUUUAGGUCAAAAAGUGAGCAUUUUUAACAAUAUUGUCAACGUAUAUGUGGACAAACAUUUGAAUCUCGGCACGCACUUUUUAGUGUCAAUUAAGUUAAUUCAUUUGCGUGAACCGAGAGUGAUAACAAUCGUUAUUGACGCUCUCAUAAAAUUGUUGAGUGGCAUCUUGGCAGACUACAAAACGAUGUACACAAAAGAUGACAAAAUUCCAUUCGAGAAGGUUUGCGAAAUUGGAUAUUUUUUGACGAAGCUCAUAUCCUAUUUAGAGCACUGGCAGCAAGAUUCGAGUUUUGAAGUUCAAGAGCGUUGUCUUUCGUGGUUAGAAUACCUCAAGUUGUGCCUAGACGCUCUUGAUUUAGGGGAUGGAAUUGAUAAAAUCCAGACUGAGGAAUUGCUAUAUUACACUGAUAAAUUUCUGUCAGCGUCUAGCGAAGGUGCGGACCAAAACAGCGAAGAUGAAGCUGGGAGUGAAAGUGCUGAUGACAGUGGCGAGAAUGAUGACAGUGAUGACAGUGAUGACAGUGAUGACAGUUCGGACGAUGAUAUUACAAGUACUUGUGAGGACGUCGAUCAGACCGACGAAGAACAAAAUUCAAAAGAACUUACAGAGCCUUCGGACCAGGCGCCAAGACAUCUUCCUGCCAUUCUUUCGGAGGUAUUACCCUCUUUUUUCCAGAGUUAUCAAUUAAAUCCUAUUUCUGUCACUGCUCAAAGUCACAUAGCAUUACCAGAUGAUAUUGAUUUAGAUCUACAAAUCGAGCCUGUUCCUAACUUUUGUUUCGAAACUAGUCCAAACGUCAGUGAAGACGAAAGUUCAACCGAGCAAGAGGAGGACGAUGAAAGUCGUGGCAACACCCCAGAUAUCGCCGCUCAACGAGAACGUUCAGAGAGAUUGAAGGAUGAUCCAUACUACAUAUCCGGAUCAUCGAAGAAGAAAAGCGGAAAAUCGAAGCAAAAGCUUCUCAAUUUGGAUGACGAGUCCUCUAGAGCCGAGUCAAUGUCUCCUUCGGACAUUGGAUCUUUCUCGUAUCUAACACCUGUCCCAACUAAAAGUAGCUCGAAGACGAAGAAGGUUAAGAAAGAAAAGGUCGUCAUCCUUCUGGAAGAAACUCUUGGAGAAACUUCAGGCUCUCCACAGCCUGAGCCCGUUGAAGAGAAGAAAAAGAAAAAGAAAAGCAAUCUCAUAAUCGAUUCUUUUGGGCUCGAAAAUCUUGACCUUAAUGCCCCAGAAGAUACAGUGGUGGAGAAGGAUUAUGAGUAUGACAUUGACUUGACGGCAAUGCGUCAGAAUCUUGAAAAGAAAGCCAAGAAAGCAAGCAAGACUAAGAAGAAGAAAUCUGAGGCUUCUCUGGGCACAGGGUCGGCCAAAAAGUCUAAAAAAGUUGUACUUCCUGAGAUUGAUGCGAACCCAUCGGAAAUAGUGCCUGACACUGCCGCUAAGUCGAAAGAGCCUUCACAGGAAGCAACAAGAGAGACAUCUGCCGAGCCUCUUGUGAACGUGGAGCCUGUGCUGGUCGCUAGCAAGGAGAAGACCAAGAAGAAAAAGAAGAAGGCAGUCAUCGCAGACUGA